CCCGGAAGACCACUCUUGGCGGCGCGGAGUGCUACUUGCUGAAGCUUGCACGCCUGGAGCGACUCUGUAAGUCAGGCCUCUCUCACCCUCCCCUCACGGUACUCCGGGGAUCUCAUUUUUGGCCAUACGAACACCCAGGGGACUUGCCAGUUUACCGAGCACGAGAAACAACCAAGAGCCGGUUAGCGUAAAGUUGACCUAUUUUUUCGACAGCGUGUGAGAGACGCCAUCUUACUGAGCGCUCUCAAGUUUGAAAUUUACAACUAGAGCAGAGUUGCUGAUUUCACUGGAAACCGACAUCGAGCACUGAACAGUGGUGCAAGAGUCGGAAAGACUGCACGAACCUCGCUGCACGAGGAACCCUCAUGAGCUCCGAGGAACGCGAUCAUCGCCUUGAAAGAGUAAUACAGAAACUAGAAGACACUGUACUUAAGAGCAGCACAGAACCUUACACCUUUAAAGAGACAGAGGACAGCCCAUCGGCGAAGGUCCCCGCACGCAUCCGGGAGAUCAUCACCAAGAACUUAACUGCUGAGGAACAACUGCCAGAACCAGGAACAAUGUCGCAACCAUCAGCCGAGCAGCUGAGAGAGGAGAAUCGUAUGCUCCAGGCGGAGCUGAAUCGUGUGGAGGAUCUCCUAGCGUCGAGCAGAGCAGAGAGAGACGAGAUAGGGAUCAAGUAUAAUGCUCUGAGUGAAAGGCUGGAGCAGUCCCUGAAACUCCAGAACGGGGAUUUUGGCACAGAAGAUCCUGCCCAAAAGAGCCUGGUCACUCAGAACGUGGAGCUAAGACGCAAACUUGAAGAAGAGCANGAAGAUGUAUCAAUAUUAAUGAUUUUAGCCCUGUCACCAGGUGGAAGAAUACUUAUGAUGCUGUUAAAACUGGUGUCAAUAUUUCUGCUGCAUUGA